AGGUUUUACAGUCUUCUGAUUUAUUUACAAUUGAAAGAUGCAUUCAACUUUUUUGAACAUGAAAGCAUUAAUUUUAUUGGCAAUUUUCGCCGGGUGUCAUUCAUAUACAUAAUUCCUCCUAAUUUCAGAACUCCUGGAAUUUGUUUCUACAAUGGUCGCAUUUUACCAAAAGGUAACAGUCAAAUGCCAAUGGUUUGUCAAAAUACCAACUGUCGUGAAGAUGGAUCAAUUAUGGUUGAUGGAUGUGGUCGAAUAUCACUUCCUAAAUGCACUUUGAUUGAAGACGGAAGACUUACCAGACCUUAUCCGGAUUGUUGUGAAAUGACUUAUCAGUGUGUUGAUGCAAAUGAAAGCACUUACACCAAGGAAUGGAAUCAAUUGUAUGACACUACAUCAACCAUCAAUUCUAGUAAUCGAAAUUAUGUGACCAUUAAUUUUGUAGUUGGUGUUAUUGGUCUAGUUAAAUUUAUAAAUAGAAUGUUUGGAGGUUUUGUGUAGAGUAUUUUUUCUGAAGAAGUUGAAUAAAAAUAUAUUUGAUAUCUGUUAGGAUUGGGUAUCUAAAUGGCUUCUUU